AUGAUUGCACGUCUUAUUGGUUUUGCGGCAUUAACUAUUAUAACGGUUCUUGGUAAUAUAAUUAUUGUUAUUGCUAUAUGCGUUGAACCACGGUUAAAAAGUGUUAGCAAUUAUUUAAUAAUUAAUUUAGCUGUAGCUGAUUUUUUUGUUGGUACAACUGUUAUACCAUUCAUAUCGCUUUGGGAAAUACAUGAUGAAUGGCGUUUUGGUGUACGUUUAUGCAAUAUAUGGUUAUGUUGUACAUUAUUAUUUUGUACUGUUUCUUUUUUAACAAUGUCUGCUAUAGCAUUGGAUCGUUAUUUAUAUUUAAUUGAAUCUAAAAUGGAUCGAAAACGACGUACAGUACGACGCGCUUUUUCAUUGAUUAUUUUAACAUGGUUAAUACCAGCAAUGGUUUGGAUACCAGGUGUUCUUGCACACAGUUAUAUAGCUGGAUAUUCACCGAUUGUUCCACCUGAAAAUGGUUGUUAUUUACAAGCACGUGCUAUUUAUGUUUUAAUAGCAACAAUAUUACUAUUUUUCUUACCAAUGAUUGGUAUGAUUGUAUUAUAUAUAAAAAUUUUCCGUGUGUUACAUGGUCAAAUGAGUAAAUUAUUAGUUUGGUUAACUGAAGUUAAACUUAAUAAUGGACGACGUACAUCACAAACAAUUGUAUUUGAUCCAUUAACUGGUACAGGAAAUGAAACAGGUGGAGGACGUGGACCUGUAUCAACAGCAAGUAGUACAUCAAAUUUCCAUCAACAAACAGCACGUUGUUCAACAAUUGGAAGUAUAAAUAAUAUAAAUUAUAUUCAUCAUCAUCAUCCACGCAUAACAAAUAAUUAUACAACUAUUCGUUCAAUAAAAAAUCUUUCAACAAUGGAAACAAAUAAGUAUCGUUUACCACAACAACAACAACAACAUGAUAUAUUACAAAUGAAUUCUAAUACACCUUCAAGCACAAAAAAUAAAUUUCGUCGUGCUGUUCAUGCUAUUGUAUGGCUUGGACGUACACGUGAUUCAGCUGGUAUAAAUAAAGGUUCAUUUAAAGAAUAUCGUGAAAAUUCUCAAGCACGUACACAUAAAAAAUGUUUUUAUACAUCAACUUGGUCAUCAUCACCAGGUGCCAAUAAUAAUCCAUUUCAUCGUGCACGUAAUUCAACAUAUAGACGUGCUAUAUCAACAACGGAUUCAUUAUUACAACGACAAAUAAGUGUUGCACGACGACAACAACAACAAAAAAUGCGUCUAGCUAAACAACGUCGUGUAGCGCGUACACUUGGGGUACUUAUAUUUGUUUUUCUUGUAUCAUGGUUACCAUUUACUAUUCUAUGGCCUGUACAAAGAUUUUUCGGUAUUAAAUAUGUAUCAAAUAGUUUAUUAAGAAAAACUUUGUGGUUAACAUAUGCUAAUACAUUUAUUAAUCCAUUUCUUUAUUUUUUUUCAAAUAAUGAUUUUCGUUAUGCUUUAAGACGAAUGUUAAAAUGUUGUUUUCGACAAAAUGGUAGUAGUGGAAAUAUACAAAUAAGAUAA